UUCCCUUUCAUCUUCAACAAAACAUAAAAUAAAAGCAACAGAAAAGUCAAAUUCACCAAAAUAUCCAGAGAAACAGAAUCAGUUAUGGCGAUACCGGCACCGAUCAGCCGGGGCGCAGCUCUAUUAUUUCUCAUUCUCUGUUUCACAAUCGCUCCUUCCACCGCCAUUUACUGCGACGAAGACGACUGCUACGAUCUGCUAGGGGUUUCUCAAAACGCUAAUACAUCAGAGAUCAAAAAAUCAUACUACAAACUCUCAUUAAAACAUCAUCCGGACAAAAAUCCAGAUCCAGAGUCAAAAAAACUAUUCGUGAAAAUCGCAAAUGCUUACGAGAUUCUCAAAGACGAAGCGACUCGAGAGCAGUAUGAUUACGCAAUUGCCCAUCCAGAGGAGGUAUUUUACAAUACAGCUCGCUAUUAUCAUGCUUAUUACGGUCAUAAAACGGAUCCUCGUCUUGUCCUGGUCGGUCUGUUAAUUAUUGUCUCAGGGUUUCAGUAUAUGAAUCAGUUGACUAGGUUUAAUCAGGCUGUGGCAACAGUUAAAAAAACUCCGGCUUAUAGAAAUAGGUUAAAGGCGUUGGAAUUUGAACGGAGUGGUGGAGCUACGUCGAAGAAGAAGGGGAAUAGGCAUGUUGAUAAGAAAUUAGGGGAGGAUUUAAGUGAAGAGCUUGAAUUGGAUAUUAAGGGAGCUAAAAUACCUACUGUUUGGGAACUCAUUGGUGUUCAGUUUGUAAUUCUUCCUUAUACUGUGGCUAAGCUGCUGCUGUGGCAAGGGCGUUGGUUGUGGAGAUAUAAGUUGAAGGGAGCUUCGUAUUCUUUUGAAGACGCGUCUUAUUUAACACGGAGGUCGCUGGGAGUGCCGCUUGAUUCGUGGAUAAACCUUGAUGAAUCGAGGAAGGAGGAUCUUGUUGGGAGACAAAUGUGGGUGAAGUCUAACUUGGAGAGUUAUCUUACGGAAAUGCGCAAAGAAUCUAAGCGCAGAAGAUAGCGGAUUUAUUUUGUUAGGGUUCGGUUUUGUUGUUUGCUAUUUUGCUACUUUCUUUUGUUAGUUUCGUUAUAGAGAAUGAUCAAAUUAUAAACAAUUUUGUUUAUGUUUUUACGCAUAUGGAUGAAACAAUGCUUAAAUUGAGAUUCGUAACUUCAA